AAUUUCUUGGCAGCAGCAGUAGACGUCACCCUGUACAUCAUCGCAGACUCAAACACCAAUCAUGAAGUCCUUGGCUGUUGCACUCUGUUUGGUCCUGUUGGUGGCGAUGGCCUCCGCCACAUACGGAGGAUACGGAGGAUACGGUGGAUACGGAGGAUACGGAGGAUACGGAGGAUACGGAGGAAACAACAUUGAUAACAACCAAUACCCCAAGCAGGUAGCCAAUAUCAAUCAACAACAGUCCAACAAGCAACGUGGUGAUCAAGAUAUCUUUAAUCGCCGUUUCUAUGGCUAUGGCGGCUAUGGCGGCUAUGGCGGCAAGGGCUAUGGGUAUUAGGUUGGUUCAUGUACAUUGCCAGUAAUGCCGGACUAUAAGCAUUGCGUAUGUGUUUUGUUUGACGUUAAUUAAUAAAACAUUGAUCUGCA